UUAAGUUUUGUGAGGUCGUCUCCUGUAAAUAAUAUAUCUAAUAGCUAUAGCGAGACACUGUAUUUUUCCACGUAUUUCUAAUGGAGAACAGAUUUAUCUAAAUGUUGAUAGCAUACUGUAGAGGGUGGCAGUCCUCUGCCAGCCUGCUUGCUGUUGACCAGCUCGCUAGGCUAACUUUAGUGUGAUACUUGCCGUGUUAGGACGCCAGCAUAAGCUAGCCAUUUAGCUAAUCAGAGGUUAUUGCGGGAGGAAUCUAGCUUGUUUUCAGAGGCCACUAUCUCAUUGAGAUGGACAUUUGAAAUGACAGUCAACUGUAGCUUCUAACUGAACUGACGCGCAUCAAAGACCACAGGUCAAGCUUGCCUUGAUGUUGGACCUCCUGCCUAGCAUGCAGCCAUGAGCUCUACACUGUGGAGCCAGGAGAAGCCCAGUGGGGGCUUCAGGGAGGACUGGCGCUUCUACAUGGUCGUAAAGGAGUGUACAGUGGAGAAGCCUCCCCAGAAGACUCUGAGGAUCCCCCGUGGCAGUCUUGGUCAGGCCUGUCAGGAGCGCAACAGCCUGGGGCGAACACUGCCCCCAUGCAAGGGCAAAAAAAGUCUCCGCAUCCUGGAUCAGACCAAUGUGGUGCUGAGCCUGGACGAGCGGGAUGUCCUGGAGCUGGAUGAGAAGCUGGCUGAGCUGCUGUUUCCCAUUACCAACUGUGAGGAGCGAUAUGCCCUGCUCUGCAACAAGUCACGGCUGGAGCGCGUCCGUGACAUUGACUGUGGUUCGAAGGUGCGCGUCCAGCUGCGCUCAGGGGAUGAACCGCUGCCCGGUGUGGUCCGCUUCAAGGGCUCGCUGCUCCCUGACAGAGCCCUCUCUGGAAUCUGGUUUGGAGUGGAGCUGCUGGAGGAGGGCCGGGGCCAGGGCUUCACGGAGGGCUCCUACCAGGGCCGCCAGCUUUUCCGCUGUGAGGAUGAAUGCGGCGUGUUCGUGGCCGUGGACAAGCUGGAACUCUGGGAGGAUGACGACGACGAAGCCUUGGGUGAGCUGGAGGUGGACCAUGUCAAUCUGGUGGAGGAGGACCAGGACUUCCCUCCAUUGGAGAUCAACUCCAGGGUGCUGGUGCAGACCAGGGACGGACCAGAGAGAGGCACCAUCAUUUUUUGUGACCUGCUGCCGGGCAAUGAGAGCCUGGGCUACUAUGUGGGAGUUGACAUGGACAAUCCUAUUGGGGACUGGGAUGGCGUGUUCGAUGGGAAGCUGCUGUGUAAUUUUGCCAGUUUGGAGCACACUCGACUCGUCCCCAUCUGUGACGUAAUGCCAGAAUAUCCCAUGCAGGACCAAAGGCUUCAAAAGCACAGUUUUGCCCCCAGAGGCACCAACAGUGACAAGUCGACCUCUGGCCAAAGCAAACCAAAGAGCAAAGGAUUAGGUCAUCAGUGUGGCAGUAGAAGCAAGUCUGAAUUUUACUAUACUUUAAAUGGCAGCUCUGUUGAUCCCCCAGCCCAGUCCAAAUCCAAAAGCACAUGGUACAUUGAUGAAGUUGGGGAGGAUCCCGCCAAGUCACUUACUGACACGCCCCCUGACUUCAACCAGUCCUCCCCACCCUCCAGAGCCCCGCCCUCUGCCUCGUUGUCCAGUGACAACAAGUUCCACUCUCUGCCCUUCAGCCUGAACCGGAAGACCGGGCCCAUUGACAGCAUGAGCCAUGGGCCUCUCUCCCUUUCUGUCCAGUCGGUGAUGGGAGAGCAGCCCGAGCCCCCGUCACCUGCUGCCCCUCCCUCACCGCAACCUCCCACGCCUCCCCGAGGACAGCCAGGUCUGGAGGUGGGCUCUCUGGUAGAGGUGAAGGAGAACCCCCCUCUGUGUGGUGUCAUCCGCUGGGUGGGUCUGCCUCCUGGCCUGCUGGAGCCUUUGGCUGGGCUGGAGCUGGAGGAGGAGUGCCCUGGUUGCACUGACGGCACCUUCAAAGGUACGCGAUACUUCACCUGCCCCCCCAAAAAAGCCCUGUUUGUAAAGCUUAAGUGCUGCCGGCCGGACUCCCGCUUCCCGUCCUUGCAUCACUCCUCAAACCCCAUAGAGCGAUGCAACUCCAUCGCAUUUGGGGGUUACCUAAGUGAGGUAGUACACGAGAACACGCCUCCACGCACAGAGAAUGAUGGUCUGGAUGUCAUGGUGGGAAAAAAGAAAGGCAUCCAGGGCCACUACAACUCCUGCUACCUGGAUUCAACCCUCUUCUGUCUUUUCUCCUUCAGCUCUGUACUGGACACGGUUCUGCUGAGACCACGCUCAAAGACUGAUGUGGAGUAUUACAGAGAGACUCAAGAGCUGUUACGCACAGAGAUAGUCAACCCCCUGCGCAUACAUGGGUAUGUUUGUGCCACUAAAGUGAUGAAGCUAAGGAGGAUCCUGGAGAAAGUCGAAGCUGCAUCUGGGUUUACCUCUGAAGAAAAAGAUCCUGAGGAGUUCCUCAACAUCCUUUUCCAUCACAUACUGAGGGUGGACCCGUUGCUCAAGCUAAGGUCAGCAGGGCAGAAGGUCCAGGACUGUUACUUUUACCAGAUCUUUAUGGACAAGAAAGACAAGGUUGGUGUUCCCACCAUCCAGCAGCUCCUGGAGUGGUCCUUCAUCAACAGCGACCUAAAGUUUGCUGAGGCUCCCUCCUGCCUUAUCAUCCAGAUGCCCCGCUUUGGCAAGGACUUCAAAAUGUUCAACAAGAUUUUCCCCUCACUAGAGUUAGACAUCACAGACCUUCUUGAAGACACUCCACGAGAAUGUCGAAUCUGCGGAGGCCUUGCUCUCUACGAGUGUCGAGACUGUUACGAGGACGGGGAUAUCACAGCUGGCAAGAUUAAACAGUUCUGUGAAAAGUGCAAUACACAGGUUCACCUCCACCCGAGGAGGAAAACCCAUCGGCACGGCAAACUGUCUGUUCCCAAGGAGCUGCAAGAAGGUAUGGGGCGGCAGGGCAGUUUUCCCCGCCAGAGGAUGGAGCUGUUCGCCGUGCUGUGCAUUGAAACCAGUCACUACGUGGCCUUCGUCAAGUACGGCAGCGCAGAUUCCGCCUGGCUCUUCUUCGACAGCAUGGCCGACCGUGAUGGAGGGCAGAAUGGUUUCAACAUCCCCCAGGUGUCUCCCUGUCCGGAAGUGGAGGCCUACCUGAAAAUGACCCCCGAGGAGUUGCACGCCCUGGAUCCCAAGAGUAUCCAGGGCCAGGCCCGACGCCUGCUGUGCGAUGCCUACAUGUGCAUGUACCAGAGCCCGACCAUGAGCCUGUACAAGUAGAAUCCUCUACCCAACCCCCAACCCCUCCACCCCUGCCCCUCAGCCACACCACCUCCCCCUCUCCCAGGGCAGGAGAUUCCCAGAAAGACCAAAAAUGAAAAAUAAACUAAAAGAAGAAAGCCUGCAGGGGCGGUGUCCGGAGUUAACCCUCUCCACCCUACCUCUCCGCAAUGCCUGGUUGGAGAGAUGAAAGAGAGGGGGAGAAGCCUAUUUGCACUGUGCAUUAGUUGAAGUGUUGUGUUCUUCAUGUAGUCCUAUGUAGCUUCCCUUUGUCACACAGCUGAGCAUUGGUGGUGGAUGAUGAAGCAAAGGUAGGCCUUAUGAAGGUUCACUCCCUGUUCAGAGAGGAAGGGGGAGAAGAUGGGCGGGAGGGCAUGUUAGCACCAUCGUGGCUGACAAAACAUGCGCAACAAAAACAAGAUGAGCUAGUGGGAGGACCUUGGCCACCUCAUUUACCUUAAGAAAAGAGGAGUCCUGCUAUUCUUAAUCACUGUAAAAGACGGGAGCUUUCCAUAACGCCACAUUACGGAAGCAACACAGUGCGCAUAUCCUCAUCCAAUCUGUGUGUACUGUUCUAAAAACUUGUGUAAACUCUCUUAGUAGCAUAGAUUUCUCCAGGUAGUAACAUCAACAGUAUAGAUGUCAACCUACUGUGCAGUUGCAUUAAGACCAGAGUAUUCUGCUCUUUGUGAACCGGUUUGCAUAUUCCCCCAUCACGCUGUGUCAGUGUCUUCACAGUAUAUGUUUUGCUGAAACAGAUGUAGCCAUUGUAAAAGUCUCACAUUUUACUGCAUAUUGCUCAACCAAUACUGCACUUUUGCUCUAUCCCCAAGUGGACCUAUCAGGAAACAUUAAGGUUUUGCCCCCCCCCCCCCCCCCCCCCACUCCCAUUGGAAGUCACAGUGAGUGUCUAAUUUGAUGGGAGACAUCAGAGUUUUGUGUUACAGAAUACAAAUUUGCUUUUCCUCUGUAGUUGUAAAGAAAACUCUGCAUUGCUUAUGCAGAGUAAAUGCCAGAUAAAUGCAUGAAGGGAGACUUGUACAAUGGCUCCUGUUGUAAAGCUGGUUGGUGGAGCACUCCAUGCGUUCAUAGGGUCAAUGAGGUGAAAUACUGGAAAAGUCCGGUUGUUUCCUUUAAAGUAAGAGUGUAAGAUGUGAAGAGUUUCACAUACAGUGUUUUUUAAGUCUCUGACUUGUCGUGUUGAUGACUAAAUCUAAAUUAUAUUUUAUGUUUACAAAGCCUUUUUUUCUGCCCGUCAUGGCAAGUAUUGACUCUCGCUGCCUUCCAUGAAGAUGUGACAUGCAAUGUUUCCAGCCAUGCACCAGAUAACAAAACAAUUGUGAUCAAAUAUUAUUUAUUAUAUUCUAAUCAUAUUACAAACUUGUAUGUCGUCCCUUUUUAUGAUAAUGAAACAGGGUUGAUGAUACUGCAGGGUUUGGGUACUCCUUGUCCUCUUUCACUGUAUAUUGAAGUGAGUAAUUGUAGUUUACGCUGUUCUCAUAGCAACUACUGAAUGUUAAUAGUGACACGUUGAACAGUGUAGAGUUAAAAAAGGACGGAUAAUGAAUGAGACACAAGGUUGGUAACCUUGGGGCACCAAAUGUAUGUAUUUAAAGAAACAAACUGAAACCUUGAUUCCAUUGUAUUCCAAUUUUAAAGAGUACCUAAAGCAUACCAAUCAUGGAUCAGAAUAUUACGUAUUGUUUUUUAUAUAUCUCACAAAAUUGGAUAAAAUCAACUAACAGCACAUGUUGGCAUCAGCAUUAUAUAUAUUUUUCUUACGUCACAACAUAAUCAUGGAUUUAGUAGUUGUGAGUAUAAAAUACGUGUGUAAAGGCGUUUUUAUAAAUUAGGUUCCAGCUGACGACUUCCAUUUUGCUCUGUGGUCGUUUCCACUGUCCCAGGGAUCCUGACAGGGGACCUUCCUGUGUGAACUUUUUCUGCACUGCUGAAGCUUGUCACUGACUGGAGCCUUGUUCUCUGUGAGAGAAGUCUCAGAACGGAGGAUGGGAUUUAGUUUUUUUUUUCUGUUGCAUCUGUACAAUAUAGACAUAUGUAACGGGUGGAAAAUUAAUGUCAGUGAUGUUCCUGUAAAUGUUAACAAAAUAAAGCCCAUUUUGAAGGGUA